GACCAGAAAAUGUCAAACAUUGUAAUUUUACAUUGGAAUUUCCGUGAUUUUUCCUUGUAAUUAAUAUCUUUAACGCAAUACAUUUCAUAGAUAAUUCUUUCAUGUGUUUUCACAUAUUUCCUGAACAUAAUUAGCGUAGUCUGAGAUAUUGUAAUUAUUCGCCAUGUUGAAUAUAAAUAUUUUGCCCUCGGGGGAAUAGGCCAUUGGACAAUUUUAGCAUUUAAUCGUUCCUGCUGAGUGUGUAUUUGUUAGUUAUGACGUGUUAACGGGAUACCGUGUUAUAUUGCUGUAAAAUAAGCGGCCUGUAACAAUGGAGGGCCCGGUCCACGAGAUGAAUCACGCGCUCCACACAGCGGAAAUGAAAGCUGAGUUGUCAGAGGAAAUGGAGCAGCCUCGUCCUCAAACGGAACAGAAGGUAAUGAAAUUUAUCAGCGUCACCAGUGACGUACUGACAGACGAACAACGAGAGAUGUACGAGUCGGUACUAUCGACGUGGAAGCCGGUAAUGUUCCCGAAAAGAGUCAAACGGUAUAUAUGCCAAAAGUGUAACAAAGAGUUCAAGAAUUAUCAGAACCUGUACUUGCACACUACAAGAGUGCACUCGUCGGAAGAAUCUGCAGUUAUAUGUGAUAUAUGCGACAAGACAUUCAAAAACAAACACUAUCUGUACAUGCAUAGGAUGAACAAACAUUAUUCCGAAGACGAGAAAUGCUACUGCCAGUUCUGCCUCCAAGAGUUCAGAACUCGCAGAGCAUUGCACAUGCACGUGAAGAAGAUACACCCGAACACGCUGCCGGAAAUCAAAUGCCCGGAAUGCGGGAAGGAAUUCUCUGUGCCCUACAAACUUAGGUACCACAUCGACGCUUGCCACCGGCCCGACAAGGAGAAAUACAAAUGCCACAUCUGCCAAAAACUGUACAAGAGUCACCUAAAUCUGAACAGGCAUCUACACUUCCAACACUCGCAAGUGGAGAGGCAUCCAUGCGUUUUCUGCUCGAUGACGUUCAAGUCCCGGCAUCAUAUGAAGCGGCAUAUCCUCAACAUCCACCCUCCCCUGGAAUCGAAGGUGACAUGCCCGGAAUGCCUGAAGGAGUUCAAGAACGAUCAGUACCUGAAGGAACACAUGCAGGUACACUCAGCGGCGGAUACGAAAGUGAAAUGCGAUUUAUGCGAUAAAUACUUUCAUUCUGCUGUCCGUUUGAAGAAACACAAGAAGAUAGUGCAUCCAUCUAAACCUAAGAUCAGAUGUGAGAAGUGCGAUAAGGAGUUUGCGCACGCGCAUUACCUGAGGCGCCAUAACAACUCGGUACACAUGGACGUGGACGAGGAUAAAUACGAGCAUGAAUGUGAUCAGUGCGGGAAGAAGUUCAAACUGAAGAGGUACCUCAACAACCACCUGCAGAGACACGAGCAGCAGCACCUGAAGAGGAUAUCGCAGAUGGUGAAGACGGUGAUGGGCGACGAACGUCCUGACAAGCCGUCGCCGGCCAAAAGGCGCGGGAGACCCAAGAAAUCGUUGAAACGGGAGGAGAUAGAGUUUAUCAAGUGCGAACCUGUGUCUAGUUCGGAAUCUGAUUCGGGGGAAACGGAUACAGAGUCGGAAUAAGUCUAUGGAAUAGUUAAAGCAAUUGACAUUAUGAUAUCUCAUGGGGUAUUAAUUUUAUGUAAUUUUCACAAAAUUUCACAUGCGAUCGCUAAUUAGGAAUCUUUGAGCUCCGUUAAUUUUACAUAAUUUGUGUUGUAGAUAUAUACAGAUUUGAAUAAAUUUUAAAUUCGCUAAUAAUUACCUAACCUAAAAAUUAGGAUUUAAAUUAGACGCUCAUCUGUCAUCUGUCACUAUUUUUGGCGGGAAAAUUUCCCGCGCGCGCGUUGUCUUCAUUACUCUAUACGCUGUAGAGUCAUUCCACGCCACGUAUCGUAAAUAAUUCAUUUAAUUCGACACCUUAUUCCUUCUGUAAUAAAAACGAUUUUUGUAUAUAUUUUUAAUAAAAAAGAAAGGUUUCACUGCAAUUACUUUAUUAAGAUAGAUAAAUUUAUUAUAGAGGUUUUAUUAAAAAUGGCGGAUGCAAAAAUUAUGCCAAUAUUGCGACGUCAUAACGUUAUUUAAAUGUCAAAAUGUUUUGAUAUAUCAAAAUUAGGAAUGAAAUUUCAAUAAUAUAUUUAUGGUGAAAUUAUUAUCACAUUUUGAACGAUCCUGCACUGUAAAGAUUGCAGUAACUUAUAUGCAAUUAAAAAACUAUUUUAUUACUUAUAUAACAGGGUUGGUUUUAGAGGUUAUACUAAAUUGAAGCGGGUAAUAUUUGGCUAACGACUUGGGUUACCCUUUAAAACUAACUGUUUCUAAGGGAAAUGAUUGGUUAUUUAUUUGUACUGCUAUAUAGUCGGUCUGAAUAUCAGAAUGCGUAAAACAAAAUAUCGAAUAAUUCAAAUUCAAAAUAUCUUUAUUCAUGUAGGUCUAUUACAGAUUCUUAUGAUAUGUCAAAUCUACCGUCAGUUCGGAAUGAUUUCGAGAUGAGAAGAACUGACAAGAAACUCAGCUCGUAUUCUUUUCAAAUAAAUGUUGUACAUGUUUACAAUAAUACACAGUCAUUUAAAUUCAGAUUUGGAGAAUAGAGUGACCACCAGCAUAAUAUAAUAUCAUAUUAUGAUAUUGCUAAUAAGAAAAGAUCUAAUCAGUGUUCGCAACCUGAACGGACCAGUCCCCACAAGCAGCACCUGUUCACGAGUAUGACGGGUGAGCCAGCCAUCAUUACACUCAACCAUAUUAGAGGGAGCACAUUGACCCGGCCCACAAAGCCGCCACAAGUUUGAACUUUAUAACGAGCAUGACUGUUUCGAGUUACUCAAUACAUCAUUUAUAUUAUUUACAACAUAAUAAUUAUAGUAAGAGGAAACUCAUUGGAAAAAGACAUGAAUGUAACAAAA